AUGGGAGACACCCAGGAGAUAGUGGUUGAGAACAAAGAUCUUUGGGAAACACGGUUCGUGAAGCUCAACAACAAAAUUCUGACACUAGAAAAGAAGCAGCAGCCGUUGUCAGUUCCCACCACUAUUCUGACAAUGAUGGAAGAGACCGAGCCUCCCUUCACCUCGGCGAUCAUGAACAAGGUGAUGCCACAGAGGUUCCGGAUACCUCCCGUCAUCCAAUACUCUAGGUCCGGUAACCCAUCCGAGCACGUGAAAGUUUAUCGUUCGUGGAUGCAAAUCCAGACAUCAACGGACGCGAUGAUGUGUAGGGGGUUCUCGAUCACACUCACAGGAUCUACUCAGAGUUGGUACCGUCAACUCAAACCCAAUUCCAUUGGUUCAUUCGCAGACCUUAGUCGAUUAUUCCUUACCCAGUUCAUAAGUGGUAAGAAGAGUCGGAAGCCGAACACUCACCUGUUCACCAUCAAACAGGAGCCUAAGGAGUCAUUGAAGGAUUAUAUCACUCGCUUCAAUGAGGAAGCGUUAGAAGUGGAGGAUUACGAUGACAAGAUGGCACUCUCCACCGUGUUCCGUGGUUUGAAAGAAGGGAGGUUCACCUUUUCUAUUGGGAAGAAUCUGCCAAAGACGUUAGCUGACCUCAUCGCUAGAGCCCAAAAGUAUAAUAACGCCGAUGAAUUCUCCAAUGCUCGCAAGAAUGUUCAAGUGACAGAGCUGACUGGCAAGGGGAAGAGGCCUAAGAACAAAGAAUCCCAGCCGACCAGUAAGAGACCAGAUGACCGUGCCCCUCGCGAUCGUCGCCCAAGCAGAAAAUCAGAGGGAAAAUUCCAUUCCUACACCCUCCUCAACACAUCCACCGAGCAGAUUCUACUGGACAUCCGAGGGAAGAAGCUUCUAAAUUGGCCUGUUUGUAUGGAGGUCAACCCAGAACAUUGA